GAUGCCGCAUCUCUGUCCCUCUGUAGCUGUGGUGGGCACAGCCUUGACCUUUCCGUGAACUCCAACAGGCUCCUCACCAAUCACCACUUUUAUCAAGGCCAGACACAACGAUCGGACUGUUCCCUAUAGCCUUGCGUAACUUAGUAUGGGUACAACAAAUAGCUUAGAAGGCUCGGCGAACAAUUUCGAUCUAAGGCUGGUCAUCGGUCCGACUCAAGUCUGUGGGCUCUUGAGUGCCGUACUGUUCGGUUGCCUUGCUUGCCAGUCCUUCAUGUAUUUCGCAAGAUUCACAAGUGAUCACUUCGCCCUUAAAGUAACUGUAUCUGCAGUCACGUGCGCUUCAUGUUUGAUUUGGUUCCUCCAUUGUUUAAAUAUUGGUGUGUUUUAUAGUUUACUCCAGCGGGGCCACUUCAUCUGCAUAAUAUCAACAUUGUGGACAAUGACUAUCAGCAGUUAUGGUGACCCCUCUCAACUCAUGGCGCUUCCUGUAGCGAUAGUCGUAGCUAUUCCGUUGAGCGGAUUUACGGUAUUCAUUGUGCAGUUAUUUUACAUAUUUCGACUUUGGAAGUUCACAAGAAAUGUUUUAAUACCCAUUCUUUGCGGGAUACUCGCCAUGGGUGCACAGAUUUUGACACUAAUUCUCGCGGUAACGGCGACCUCGACGACGGACCUCAUGGCUUUUGGAGACUUUUAAUUUUUUUUACUGAUGGCGAUUCUUUUUAUCGUACGCGCAGCCUGCGACAUGGUCACCGCCGCUGGCACCGUUUGGAGUUUAAGAAAAAAACGAUGCUC